UAUAAGUGAAGCGCCAAGUGCCAGUGUCCUAGAAAUAAAGAGAAUUAAACCAAAUCGAAGGCAAUAAUGAAAAAUUAAUUAGGAAGGCCGUUGGAUGAGGCCAAAUGAAAUGUGGCCAAAGGAAAAGUGCAAGUGAAAAGUGCCUGGAAGAAGCAAAAAAUCACACACUCACCCAUCAGCACACCAGCACACACACACGCACACAAAGGAAACGUCAUAUGCCAGAGGCAUUCACAGGAGCUACCGUGGAAAAGCAUUUUGUGUAUCCUAUUUUGUGUGGCAGCGCCAGGAGAGCGUGUCCUUAGCCACAGUGGCCAACAGCAACAGAAACAAAAACAAGCACUGCAAUUACACCGUGUUGUUGCCAUAAUGAUAGAUUUCAAAACUAAAUUGAGCAAAUUAUCGUACAGAACGUGCCUCGCUUCAAAAGUCUAAAAAUAAUCGCGCGUCGCCAGCUUGUCGAGGGCCCGAGUUUCUCGUUUCGUUCCCCAUCAUCAGCCAAACGGCCAACGGGAUUUCGAAGGGUCUAAAGUGCCGCAACUGACAUUAAAUUAUGCAUGCACAUUGAUUUUCCAACCACUGCCCAGUUGCUGUUGCUGUCGUUAUAUCCUCAUCAUCUAUAUACCACCAGCCCAUUGGCUUUGUUGUCGCAUGUUAUCAGCGGAACUGGCGUCGUCGACGGCUUUGUUGAAUGCGAGUUAUCAGCGCAGCAUCAACGGCCCCACAAAAGAUGAAGUGUGCCCCUCGACAACAAGUGACAAGUGCUACACAACGACAGGAGCAACAUCAGGAGGAGCGCCAGCAAUUGCAACAGCAGCAGCCACAAUGACCAAGCAAUUGACAACGGCAACUGCAACGAAUGCGGCAUCGGGAAUAGGACAGCCGGGUGAUUUGGCGCCCACAGUGAUAUCCCCGACCGCAGCCACAACACUCGAGACAGGAUCAAGUGGAGGAGCAGGUGGCACCACCACCACCAACUCGCCUGUCAGCGAGACUACAAAGACUGUGGCACAAUCCGCCAAACCGGCGGCUGAGGAGAAGCCCUCGAGUAGCGAUGCCAGUGGCAGAUCGGCGGCUCUGGAGCGUGCCUACGUGCACGAUGUCUACGAGAACUGCGAGGAGCCCACCGGACCUGUUCGUCCUCGGAUGGCCCACUUCCUCAGCGGCCUCGAUCCCGGAUCCGUGGUCUGCGACGUCGGCUGCGGCAGCGGAAGGUAUCUCACCCAGUGCAAUCCGGCCAUCUGCACCAUCGGCGUAGAGCGCUGCUAUCGCCUGAGCAAAGUGGCCCACCAAAAGGGCGGCGAGGUGGCCCUGUGCGACAAUCUGGAACUGCCGUUCCGGGACGACAGCUUCGAUGCGGUCCUGUCGCUGGCGGUGGUGCACCACUUUGCCACCACGGAGCGACGAGUCCAGGCGCUUAGGGAGCUGGCCAGGAUCCUGAGGAUCGGCGGCCGGGUGGUGAUCACCGUGUGGGCGCUGGAGCAGCGGCAUCGGCGAUUUGAGUCGCAGGACGUGCUGAUACCGUGGCAGCCGCCCAAGAAUAGGAACUACUCUUACUCGGAUGAGGAGGACGAUGACAACUUUCAGCCGCCCUACCACGCCUACACCGAGGACUCGACGAACUCCAGUCGAUCGGCCGGGGAUGGGGAUAGCUCCAGCCUCAGUUCGUCCUCGCCGGGCGAGUCCUGCUACAGCUUCGUUCGCCGGGCCAUUCAGAAACUGGCCCGUGGACGUCGGCAUGCGUGGUUCAUGGACUCGUGGUCCUCGAAGGACACCAAGAACGACAGCAGUUUGGACUACGAGGACGCCAAGGACCUGCCCAUCGAGCUGCGUCGCCUGGAGGACUUCGAGGACUUUCCCGACCCACCACUAUCGGCCGGACUCAAGUCCCGCAGCUUGGGCAGUAUCCUGCAGCCACCGCCCCGCCAGAUUGUCCGCUCCCGCUCCAGUGUUCCCAGCCUGGGAGGUCCUUUGAUUCCCGGCGAAUCGAAGGCAAGUGCGGCGGCUCUGUUACUCAAUGCCCCCGAGGGUCAACAGCUUCAGUUGCAACUGCAGAUGAAUGGAAGGCAUUCACCCACCACCACGGCCAGUGCUGGGAACACCUUGAGCCGCCGGCCCAAGCUCAUCAAGCAGAAGCAGUCGUUGUGCGACGAUGACGCCGCCACGCCUCCCGCCACCGAGUCCUUCCAGAUGGUGAGUACCUUGAAUGGAUCCAAUGGCGGAGUGAGCAACAGCUUGUACACGAGGAGUGGCUGCUACGCUGGGAACUUCCACCAGCAUGCCUCGUCCUCGUCGACGGCCACGCCCCCUUCGGGAGAUCCUGGCGAGGGAGCCGGAGGAGCAUGUGCUGUAGGAGCAUCUGGAGGGCCCACCUUUCUGCGCAAACAGAGCUCGCUCAACGAGGAUCUGAUGGCCUGCAAUCGCUUGAGGGAAAAGGAGAGGGUGCGCAAGCGCAUCCAGAAACAGACCUCCCUGAACGAAGCCUUCCUGUGUCGAUCGGCACUGUUCUCCAAACGGCUUCAAGUGAUCCGCGAGGGCUUCACCACCAAAAUCAAGAGCUCAACGGGCAGCCUGGAAAGGGUAACGAAGACGGGCAUCAGCAAGCUAAUCCAAAACAUAAAAAGUGGACCGCAGGCUCAGCCAAAUCCGGCCCAGUAUCCCGCCCAAACGGACAAAAGCCCCACGCUGAAUAACAACAACAAGCAGGGAUCGUCGGCGAUAAUGGGUCAUCAGCAUCAUCAUCACCACCACCACCACCCGGUUCACCAUCUGUCCCACUUGAUACUGCCUGCAUCGUCGACUGCGGGACCCGUAACGUACUGCAGCACCGUGGAGUGCACCAUGGGCAGCCUGUGCCACUGCAGCCAGUACCAGCAGGAGUGUCCCGCCUGCGCGGACGGCGGUCAGGGCGACAAGGCCCGGCGGCACUCGCGGGAGUCCGGCUCGGACUCCUCCAAGGACAGCAGCCUGCAGUCGGACACCAGCAUCGAGUCCGAGGACAGCUUCGCCUCGGUCAUAUUCAUACCCAAGCCGGAGCAGCAUCAGCAGCAGUUGAACUACCAGCAGCAGCACCAGAACUCCAACUCCAGUUCGAGCAACUCCUCGUCGAGCAACGGGCAGCGGGCUCCGGGUGCCGCUGGCCGGGAUCAGGGAGUGAAUGCCAGUUCUCGUCUGCCACCCACCACCCACUCAGUGCCAACGUCGCCGCUCAUCAUGCCCUGCCCUCCCACGCCGGCACAUUCGCCGGCUGCAAUUCAGGGCACGGUGACCUCCCCGCCGCAGUCCACGUCGGCUGUUUCCGCGGCCAUGGCCAUCCUGACUCCUCCCUCGAAGCCAGCUCGCUUCAGCUUCGAUGAGGCCCACAUCAAGCAGCAGAAGGAGCAGCAGAUGGACCUCCACAAGGAGCCGGCCAAAGAGAAGAGGGAGCCACCAAGGGAGCCGCUCAAGGAGUCUCCACCUGUGCGCCGGAUCACCCGGCAGGCCAUCAGAGAUCUGCCACCCAUUCCCAAGUUCCGGAAACAGCAAUCGCUGCAGCUGCAGCGCCAGAGUUUUCCCAUCGUGCGGAGAGCUUCGGGCUCGGGGGUAUCCACUUCGGCCUCCUCCUCCUCGCUGGCCAGCAAACUGCUCUCCUUGGAGCUCUUCAAUCCGGCCACCGAUGAUCUGGACAGCGAUUCCAGCGAACCCUCCUCGCCGGAUUCCAUAGACAGUGUGAUUAGCGCUCCCAGGCUGACCAAGGCGCCAUCGGGAAGUGACGAGGGAGGAACGGCCUCCGCGAACUCAAACUCCGCUUCCGCCUCCGCCUCCCAGGACGAGGGAGAGCCCAGUUUGGCGCAGCUGAUCAGCCGGCAGCAGGAGCAGUACCACAAGGGAGAGCUGCAGAUCAAUAGCUCGCGAUCCCAGGCCGAAGACGAUAUAAUACUGAAUGCGGCCAGUGCCACUCUGCUGCCCGAAAAGAGAGAGGCUACGCAGAAGCAGGAUUGUGCGGAGUUCGCGGAGCAACUGACGGCCCAACUGCAGCGGGAACUGGAGGACAAGAGCAACCGCACCGAAUGCCGAUAUCUGGACGGCAUCGGAAUGGGCGAUCUGUCCGAAUUCUUGGGCGGCGGCAAGAAGCGCUCCAAUGGCGACCUCAGUACUUUUCGUGAUGAGCUCAGGGAACGCCGUCUGAUGUUGGCCAAUCUCUCCACGCAACCGAGUCUCCAGCAAUCGCCGGUCAGCUCAUCCACCUCAUCGCUGUCCUCGCAAACGCGCAGCUUCACCAUCCAGGAAGAGGAUGGUGAGGAGGAGGAGGAGAACGAGUCCAGCUAUUCGCUGGGCGUUUACGAGCACUGCAAGAUCUCGAAGUUUAGCUACAAGAGGAAUCGCCACUACCAGCUCAAUCCGGAGACAGCCUACCUCCUGCAGGACGAUGGCGAUAGUGAUGUGCGCGACGACGAGGACGAUGUCAUACCCGAGGAGGAGGAGUUGGAGGAGCUGGAGGAGCAGGACGAGGAUGCAGAGGCAGAGGCCCUGGAAGCCCGAGGCGGUGACCAGCUGGGCGAGGGCAUGGCCGACUACGGCCAACGCAGGCGCAACAUGGCCGCCCUGAAGGUUCAACCAUCGCCGAGUCAGCAACAACAGCCCAAACAGGAGCCAAGCCAAACGGCGAACCUCCAACAGCGACCCUCCAACGAAUCCCUGGAGCACUCGAACAGCUCCACCAACUCCCUGGACAGCCCCUCGCAGGGGGGAGCCAGUACCCACCAUCGCUACUACCAUGUGUUCCGCGAGGGCGAGCUGGAUGCCCUAAUCAACCAUCAUGUGGCCAGUCUGCACAUCGUUAGCUCCUACUACGAACGGGCCAGCUGGUGUGUGGUGGCCGAAAAGGUUCAGGUCUGGACCAUCUAAGCACCCCAUUCUUAAAAAAGCGGAUUCAAAUUAAACGAAAUGUUUAUGUUCUGGUAUCGAAACAUAAAUACCCAAGAUAGAUAGCCAGAAGCUAGGGUUCUUUAUAUUUGUUUUUAUAAAAGAGCGAUUUUUAAUACGUUUU